GGGAGCUGGAGACACAACAAACAUGGCGGCGGCGGCUGCAGCGUUGACGAAGACGACGACGGCGGCGGCGGCGGCGGCGGCGGCAGCGGCGUUGAACAAGGCGGUGGGGGCUCCUCGGUGCGGCUGUCAGGUGACCUCUGUAUGGCUUUUCAGUCUUAGUUGAAAUUCCCUCCAUGGCCUUCUGGAGUCCCUGGGUGUGUCUCCAGAGUAAAUUUCGGUAACUCUACAUUUCACCAAUGUUGGAGUGGCAAGAAAAAGAAGGAACUGAUUUGGGGUGAAAAGGUUUGUUUCCCUUAGGUGUAACGAACUAUAAACUUCAAAAAGAAAGGAAAAAAAAAAAAAAGCAAAAGCAAAGAUGGGUGAAAAGAAACCAGAGCCUUUGGACUUCGUGAAAGAUUUCCAGGAAUACCUGACUCAGCAGACCCAUCAUGUGAACAUGAUUUCUGGAUCGGUUAGUGGUGACAAAGAAGCAGAGGCCCUUCAGGGAGCUGGAACAGAUGGUGAUCAAAAUGGACUUGAUCACCCAUCUGUUGAAGUUUCCCUGGAUGAAAACUCAGGAAUGCUGGUAGACGGGUUUGAAAGGACUUUUGACGGGAAGCUCAAGUGCCGGUACUGCAACUAUGCCAGCAAGGGGACCGCCCGGCUCAUCGAGCACAUCAGGAUCCACACCGGUGAGAAACCUCAUCGAUGUCACCUGUGCCCAUUUGCAUCUGCUUAUGAGCGCCAUCUGGAAGCCCACAUGCGUUCCCAUACAGGAGAAAAACCAUACAAAUGUGAAUUAUGUUCCUUCCGCUGCAGCGAUCGAAGUAACCUGUCCCAUCAUCGACGGCGCAAGCAUAAAAUGGUACCAAUUAAAGGUACUAGGUCUUCCUUAAGCAGCAAGAAGAUGUGGGGGGUCUUACAGAAGAAAACGGGCAACCUGGGCUAUAGCCGAAGAGCACUCAUCAACCUCAGCCCGCCUUCCAUGGUGGUUCAGAAGCCGGACUACCUGAGCGACUUCCCCCACGAAAUCCCCAACAUCCAGACUGACCCCUAUGAAAGCAUGGCAAAGACUGCACCCACUGGCGGCCUGCCACGGGACACCCAAGAGCUCGUGGUUGACAACCCUUUAAAUCAGCUCUCCACGCUGGCAGGACAGUUGUCCAGUUUGCCACCUGAAAACCAAAACCCCACGUCCCCUGACAUCGUUCCCUGCCCCGACGAGAAGCCUUUCAUGAUGCAGCAGCCCUCUGCCCAGGCGGUGGCUUCUGCCGUGUCAGCGAGCAUUCCGCAGAGCUCCUCUCCCACCAGCCCUGAGCCUCGGCCGCCACAUAGUCAAAGGAACUACAGCCCUGUGGCGGGCCCAAGCAGCGAGCCCAGUGCCCACACGAGCACGCCGAGCAUCGGGAACAGCCAGCCCAGCACGCCAGCGCCCACCCUGCCAGUCCAGGACCCGCAGCUUCUCCACCACUGCCAACACUGUGACAUGUACUUCGCCGACAACAUCCUUUACACGAUUCAUAUGGGAUGUCACGGGUAUGAAAAUCCUUUCCAGUGUAACAUAUGUGGGUGCAAAUGUAAAAACAAGUAUGAUUUUGCCUGCCAUUUUGCGAGAGGGCAGCAUAACCAACACUGAUGGAGAACAAUCACGUGUGCUUUAUUCGGUUUCGCCAUUUUGUGUUUGUGGUUUUAAUUUGCUCCUGUACGUGUGUGGAGGGUCAUCCCCAAUUAAGUGUCUGCUAAUUUAAAGUCUUUAUUUACAGAAUAUGAAAUUGACAAAAAGCUGGUCAGGGUCAUUUAUGUACUAGAACGCAGUGUCUGUUUUCUGCUUUCAUUUAGAUAUUUGAGAUUUGGUGCAGUCAUAACCUUACAGGUGAUCAUCUAUAUUUUCCACAUUUAAGGUCCACAAACACUUCAAGGCUUGGUAGCUCAGUGUACUGGGCUGGAUGCUGCUUUUCCAUGUUUCAGAAUGGCAGAAUAAGUCACAAAAGCUACUACAGCUAUUUCCAUGUUUAGUAGAGGAAUUGCCUUUAAAAUUGCUCUUAAUUGAAAUACCAUUUAGUCCACAAAGUUCAAGCUGAAUUAGUUUCAUUUCAGCUGAUAACAACGCUCUUUCCUCUUUUUUCCCUAAGAGGAAAUGUAAGUUAAUUCUUUUUAGUUACAAAAGUAUAAGGUGAAAGUACUGAAAAGAAAUGAAAUUUAAGCCUUGAAAAUGAGGUUCAAUAUUUAAAAUGUCGUCGGUUCAUUCCAUUUCUGAUUUAAAUUAUCAAAUUUCCAUUGAAUUCUUUUCAUUAUAUAAAAAACCACAGGUAAAUGCAUGAGAACGCUGGAAACACUGGAGUAUUAUCUGUGAAGAUGCCUUCCCCCUUUAAUUUGAACCUUCCCUUUAUAUCCUUCACCUGGCAUUGUCUAUGCCAGGUGAGGAUGGUAACUAUACUGAGAAUGUCAUUCUUCCUAUUCCUUUGAUGACCAAAGAGGGACAGUGGACGUCAUCCAUCCCAUUCCUAGGAGAUGAUGCAGACCUUCAGAAAGAUUGCUGAAGUUUUCCUUCCCUGCCUUCUGUCCACAAUUUCAAGAAAAGGUAGUUUUAGAAACACAGAAGUGUGAAGGCUGAGCAAGAUUUCCAGAAAUGAGAUGCUAUCUCCAGAACAGAUCCUGGCCUGCUCUUCAGAGUUGGCCAUUUAAAACAUUUUCUGUAAAUUCGAGCGGUCAUGCUUAUUUAUAGCCCCCCAGUCUUUCAUGUACAGUGGCAAAACUAUAUGGAAACUGUGGUUGAACUAUCACCUUAGUAAGAAAAGCUAAGGUGUGUGAUAGAUAUAAAAUACAUUUAAACGCAGCACUUGUUUACAAAAAUGAGACUUGCUAAAUAAGUCUAGAGUAAUUUCUCAAUAGGCCAUUGUUUUUAUAUUGUGUAAUAUCUAGCUGACUCUGAAGACAGCUUGGUCAAACAAUAAAAUACAUUGUUACUAAUAGUUGGUUUCUGUGUACUUUGCAAAAGUUACUUUUAAUUUGGUUCAAAUCUUGAAAGUGUUACUAAUUGGCAUCUCAACGAGAAUAUCCUGACUAUUAAGUGUUUAUUAACCAAAAGGGCCUCUCUGUAAGUAAAGGGAACUGUUGCUGGCAAAUGCUCACAGCUUCCUCCAAGUGCCAAGUCAGUGGGUCUCCUUCCUUCCAGACGCUGAAGCCAUUCAAACGAGUUCUUGUGGUUUACUCUCCAGUCUAAUCACCACCGCGUAGUUGCGAGAGCAGCAUGAAGGCAGUCUCCAAAAGCUAUCCGUAGCUCUCCUUGUCAUGUCUGAGGCUGGUGAAGCUGAGAUUUUUCUGUUUGCUCUGUUGUCAAAAGCCCUCCCUGCUCAGGUCGGUUGUAGUUUGGCCAUUUCCAAAUGUGUAGCUUGGCCUAGUGUUUGUUUAUUGCCAGAGAAACUGGUCACUGUCAUUUGGAAGCUUUGCGAUGACUUUCCCUUCACUUGUUUUAUUCUUCAAAUAAAAGCAAUACCCCAAAAUAGUGAAUUUCCCAUAGAUGAGGAAGAACUCUAGUGAAGACCAGUUUAUUUAGUGUGUAUAUUCUGGGCCAAAUAGUGACAAAUAUAUUUUUUUCUAACAAUUGAAGAUAGAUGUUUUGAAGAUGCAUUUUAAUUUAACCAUAGAAAAGAUUUUUUUCAUAAUUACAAAUAAGAAUGUAUAAUUCUAAUUUUCCUAUGACUUAGAGAGCACAGUUGGUAUUCCAAAGGUGUCAAUGCUUGAAAGUUACACAAUUCUAAAUGCACUAAAGUUUUUGAAGCAAAUCUACCUUAGAAACUUUUUUAGUAUUGUAUUUUUAAAAAGAUUUAGGACUUUAUUUAAAUAUUUUGUGAGUUAAAUUCUGUAUUUGGAAAGAUGUUAGUAUCUUUCAUUAAGUAUUGACUAUGUUUCUCCCAUUUUAUUUUUAAUCAAAUAUUUUAUAGAAAUGAGUUGGGAAAAGCUUAACAUGCACUAUUUAUAGUAAGUACCUUGCUGAUAACAAGCAAUGUUCUGAAACUAAAUUAUUUUUGUUCAGUGAACAUAAGUUUAGAUUUUUAAAGUUGGUAGAUAAUUUAUCUCCACUAAUAUUUUUUUAAGAAACUGUGAAAUUAUUAACAUGGAAUACUUUUAUUUCAGAUGUUACAAAUUAGUAUGUGUAGCUACAACUUUUGAUUCAAGUAAAGGCUAGACUUUUACUUCGAACAAUUCCAUUGGAUAUUUUCCAAUGCUGUUUCAUUUUAGAAAUAAGGUUGCCAUUCAUCUGCUGGAUUGUUUGACAAAAGGGUCAUUAUAGAGAAUGUUCAGAGAUAAACCUUAUCUAAGUUCUGUAAGAAUAUUUAUCAAAUGGAUGUAUUAUUAAAAUGUAAAAAUUCCCUGCUACAGACUUUUUCAUUAAAUAGUCGUAGAGGGUAUGUGAUUUCUAGAAUCUGUUUUUGUUAAUAUGUACUUUGAUGUAAAGAACAUAUUUUG